AACAUAAAGAAGCAUCUGUGCAGCGUGACACUCAUGGACAGAUCCGCUUGGAUUCAUGUUCUCUCUGUUCAGCAUGUUGAACUCAAGACGAGAUGAGAGUGGCUUAAAAAACACUGAAUGAAGGAGAGAAGAAUCUAUAGCACCAGCUGAAUAACUGAAGACUUGGUUUUCUGAGAGGAAAUGCAUAUUCUUGGGACUACUUUGUUUUUUAUUAUAGCCCUCAAGGUCUGUCUAGGUUUCUACCUUCAGACGUCGGAGAUCCAGUCGUAUGUUGGAGAAAGCGUGAUCUUGUCCUGCAAUGGUUCAGGGUUCUCUGAGCAGGAGCUGGACGUUCACUGGGAGGCGAUGGGCAAAGACGUGAUCUCUCUGCGAGGAGACGUCGUCACGGUCGGGAGAGGGUUUGAAGAUCGCGUGAACUUCCUCAGCGAUCCGGCAGAGUCUGAGGACUUCUCCCUCAUUCUGUCAGACCUGAUGCUGAACGAUGGAGACGUAUACGAAUGUCUCUGGAAGGAAACAAAACCCAUCUGCUCUGUGUUACUACAAGUGUUACCUCCAGUGGUUUUCACUAAUCAUGUUGAAGUGUUUGAGGGUGUCGAUAUCACUUUGGAGUGCUUUGGGAAUAUCCCUAAAAACAAACCUUGGGAAGACAUUUACAUCCAGUGGCUGAAGGAUGACAGAGAAGUCCUGCGCUUGAGCUCUGGAGAGAUGGAUAUCAGUAUUGAUUACAGAAUCCUGAGGUUACCGGCCAAACAUGACAUCAGUCGUGGUAUCUUCUCGCUGAGCAUCCCGUCGGUCAAUGUUUUCGACCAGGGCGUGUAUCAGUGCCGCUACAAGAGCACCGAUUAUGAGGCACCACGGAGCGGAUUCCCGGAGACACACACGCUCACGGUUUCGGUGAUGAAUACACCUGUCACAGACACAGACAGCGGCUCUGCUGUGUCUUCUGAGGUGUGGAGCAGCACAGCGUCUCUCUCUCAGACUCAGGCGGUUUGGGCUCAGGCUGAAAGCAGCAGCCCCGUCCCAACACUGACAUACACUGAGAGAGAUGGAGCUCUAUUUCUGGCGAUGACAGAUCCGACAGUCACUGAGACAGUCACACAUUCUGUGACGACGGAUAUAUCAGUCCCACAGACAGGCAUCGAUUCUACCUACUUGACAACAGAUGUAGCGAUUCCAGACACAGACAUCGGUUCUGGGCAGAUUCCCUGGAUCCGCAUCGGUCUCAUCAGCACGGUUCUGCUCGUUACCGCCGUGGUUCUGGCUUUAUUACUGGUGUCUGGAAGAAUCGUCGAGAGAAAACCAUUGAAAGGAUUCAACUCUCAGACAUUUCCAGCUGAUGGGGGCGUGUCGUGUGCUGAUGGGGGCACGUCGUGUGCUGAUGGGGGCACGUCGUGUGCUGAUGGGGGCGUGUCGUGUGCUGAUGGGGGCGUGUCGUGUGCUGAUGGGGGCGUGUCGUGUGCUGAUGGGGGCGUGUCGUGUGCUGAUGGGGGCGCGUCGUGUGCUGAUGGGGGCGAGUCGUGUGCUGAUGGGGGCGCGUCGUGUGCUGAUGGGGGCGCGUCGUAUGGGGGCGCGUCGUGUGCUGAUGGGGGCGCGUCGUGUGCUGAUGGGGCGCGUCGUGUGCUGAUGGGGGCACGUCGUGUGCUGAUGGGGGCGUGUCGUGUGCUGAUGGGGGCGCGUCGUGUGCUGAUGGGGGCGCGUCGUGUGCUGAUGGGGGCGCGUCGUGUGCUGAUGGGGCGUGUCGUGUGCUGA